GCCCGUUUAAAGUCCAACGACGAACCUCCGACCCGACGGCGGCGGAGCAGCAUCAUGGAAGGAAGCAAGGUAUACAUCCCCGAUGACAAGUUCACGUGGGUGCCGGGGACUGUCGUGCGCACCGAAGACAGUGGUAAGCGUGUCCUGGUGCGCGUCACGAAUCAAGAAAACACCACGAGCGACCGAUGGGUCGACCUCCGCGACGACGGCAUGCCGUCGGAACUUCCACUGCAAAACGACGACCCGGUCGUCCACGGUUCGGUCGACGACAUGUGCGCACUGAACCAUCUCCACGAGCCCGCGAUUGUGUACAACCUCCGUGCUCGGUUUGCGCAACAGCGUCCUUACACGUACACGGGAAACAUCGUCGUGGCGGUGAAUCCGUAUGCCAGGUUGGACGGUUUGUAUUCGAAAGAAACGCAGCAAAAGUACAUGGGGAACGAUCGAUCGAGUCUUCCGCCGCACGUGUACGCAACAAGCGCGUCGGCGUUCCAGUCCAUGGUGCACUACGACCGCCACCAGAGCAUCCUCGUCAGCGGCGAGUCUGGCGCGGGCAAAACGGAGACUGUCAAGAUUCUGAUGGAGCAUCUGGCCACGAUGAGCACCAAGACGGGGCCAAACUUGACGAUUGUGGCCAAGGUCUUGCGCAGCAACCCGUUGCUGGAAGCGUUCGGGAACGCCAAAACCAUUCGCAACGACAACUCGAGCCGCUUUGGCAAGUUUACGCAGCUCCAAUUCGACGUCGACAACCAGCUCGUGGGCGCCAAGUGCCGUCACUACUUGCUCGAGAAGAGCCGCGUCGUCAUGCAGACGCACCACGAACGCAACUACCACAUCUUUUAUCAAUUGGUUGCCUCCAACGCUCCCCGGUGGCGGUUCCCGCCCCACGCAACCUUUGCCUACUUGAACGAAUCCGCCGACAACGCGCCGUUCGUCCUGGACGGCGAAAACGACGCGGCCCGGUACGUCGCGACGCGAGAAGCGUUGACAACGAUCGGGAUGGCAGAAGCGGACCAGCUCGCGCUGCUCGAUGCGCUGGCGGGAAUUUUGCACGUCGGUCAAGUCACCUUCACCCCAAAGCAUGACGGGGAAGGCGAUGGAAGUGAAGCCGUGAUGACUUCGCACGCAUGGACGUCGACGUGCGCGUUGCUCGGCCUCGACCCGACGGUGUUAGCCACGAGUUUGUGCAACCGCACGGUGAAAGCCCGUCUUGAAGUGUACGUUGUGCCUCUCAGCAUGGAUCAAGCCCAGACGAACCGCGACGCGAUGGCCAAGGAAGUGUACGCUCGAUUGUUUGGGUAUUUGGUCCGGUGCGUAAACGACUCGACGUCGAACGACCACGCCAUGGUAAACCACAUCGAUCUCCUCGACAUUUUCGGAUUUGAAGCGUUCGCGACCAACCGGUUUGAGCAAUUUUGCAUCAAUUUUGCCAACGAAAAACUCCAACAAAAGUUUACGCACGACGUGUUCAAGACCGUGCAAGAGGAAUACGAACAAGAGGGCCUCGGAUGGACAUACGUGCGAUUCCAAGACAACCAAGACAUGCUGGACCUGCUCGAAGCACCGCUCGGCGUCAUUGCGCUCCUCAACGAAGAAUGCAUCCGCCCCAUGGGCAACGACCUCACGUUUUGCUCGAAACUCGCGUCGACGCACGACGUCCACCCCCGACUCGACAAACAAAAGGCGCGGCUGAGUGCGUCCCAUUUUGCUCUCAAGCAUUAUGCUGGCACGGUCAUGUACAGCGUCGACGGGUUUGUGGACACCAACAAAGACGCGCUGUCCACCGAAGUCGUGUCUCUCCUGGCCACAAGUACAAACCAUCUCGUCCAGCAAGUGUUUAGCGUCGAAGCCACGCCCCGUGCGUCGACAGCGUCGUCGAUUGUCAGCGGCCAGCGUCCCCGUCGCGGUUCGAUUGCGUCGGCGUCCAGCUUUAUGGGGGAGACGGUCGUGUCCAAGUUCAAGGCGCAGUUGGCGGACCUCAUGGCGGACAUUGGCGCGACGCAAGUGCACUACAUUCGAUGCAUUAAACCGAACGCGACCAAGUCGAGUGCUGCGUUUGAUAUGCCCCAAGUCGUCGACCAACUCCGGUGCGCAGGCGUUGUCGAAGCCAUUCGAAUCUCCCGCGCCGCGUUUCCAAACAAAUUGUCCCACGAGCGCUUUCUCCAGCGCUUUGACGUGCUCAAAACGGACACGACACACGGCAAACAUGCGGCGGUCACGGUCGGCGCUGCGUGCAUCCAACUCGCAACCUUGUUGGUGGGACAGCCCGAGUCGCCUGCCUCGUUUGUGCUCGGGUCCGUGCACAUUUUCUUUGCCGCCGGCGUGUUGGAAGAUCUCGAAGCGAAGCGGACGGACGAGAUGCAUGCGCGAGCCACCGUGCUUCAGCGCGUGGUGCGAGGAUGGCUGUGCCGUCGAUGGUUUCAAAGUCUACGGGCUGCGGCCAGGCUCGUCCAAGCCCGAUUUCGCCAGCACAACCAAACGAGAUGGUUUCAGCGCAUCCGACGCCGCAUCGCUCGCUUUCAAGCGGUGUGGCGUGGUCGGCAGUGCCGCCAACUCUUAGCGCUGCAAAAGUUUACGGCGGCCGUCGUGAUGGUGCAGCGCAAUUUCCGCAAGUACCGCGCCAAGACAGAGUACGUCAAGUUUCGCCAGGCCGUGAUUUUACUCCAAGCGCAAGCCAAGCAGCGCAAGCAGCAGGCCAAAUUCACCGCGCAGAAACGCGAACUCCGCGCCCAACAGAGCAUGGAAAUGGACCUCGUGGCGCUGAAAACACGCCUCGAGGAAGAAAAACAUGCCAAACGCCUGGUGGCGCGCCAGACGUCGGCGACUCCAAGACCUGUCGCGGCGGUCGUGGAGCCGUCGACCGUCGUCACUACGUCCUUGCCGAACGUCCCCCCCGCAGCGAGCAUUUCAUCGAGCGUCGUGGGGGACGUGUCGUUGUUGGAUGAAUCGGGACGGAUGCUGGAAACGCUGCAGCGCGAAGUCGUCAAGUGGCGCGACAUGCACGACCGGGACGUGGCCGAGAUGGACCAGCUCAAGAACGAAAACAAACGGAUCAAGGACGCGUACACGGCGGCCGGCGCGUCGUUUGCGGCGCUCAACCAGCACAACAAACAACAGUCCAAGGCGAAUUUGCGCCUCAUGUCGACCCACGCCGCUCUGAUCAAGUCCCAGGAAGAAAAGAUGAAAAAGUACCAAAAGCAAAUUGCCGACUUGAAGGACGAGCUCAAGGCGACCAAGAGUAGCGCAAUCCCCAGCACGCACGCGGUACAAGAGACGAUCCUUCAACUUCUGACCGACCACCACGUGCAUCAAGAUGUCGUGGCCAAAGUUCGCCAAGCGUUUGAGGCGAGUCUGCCACACGCCCCCACCACCACCCACCACCGACGCAUGUCGUCGUUGACGCCAUCCACAUACGAACCGGCGGUCGUGGCGAUCCAGCGGCGUGGGUCGAUAGCAGCGUCGACAACCACAACGACGACGGUAUCGAGCGACGUGCGCGGGUCGAGUCAAGGGAUGCAUACCAGCAAUAGUACGGGCAACGCCGAUGCUCGAGGGAGCUGGGUCCUGCCCAAAGACGACGGGUCGCAGCAACAUGGAGGCAGCCACAACAUUUACUACGAAGACGAUCCGAACCGCAAGUCUGGGCUCGGCGGCAUGUUCAAGAAAAUGUUCAAGAAGAGCGAGAAUUAGCCGUGUUGUCGUCGAUCACUUGAACCCAAUAGCUGUGGAAACCCA